AUCAGAGAAUGCACACAGGAGGAAAACCUGAUGAGUAUAACAGAAGUAAAGAAGCCUUGCAGAAGUCAUCCCACAGUCAAAAUGAGCGAACUCAUACAGUAGAGAAAAUCUAUGACUGUGACCAGUGUGGGAAAUCCUUCCACAAAAAGCCACACCUGACUCAACAUCCAAGAACUCACACAACGGAAAAACCCAGUAAGUGUAAUGAUAGUGAGAGAGCUGUGGAAAAGGAGUCCUACCUCGCUCUAAAGCAGAGAAUUAACACGAGCGAGAAAAGCUUUAAAGGUAGUAAGUGUGAGAAAUCCUCCCACAAGACGUUGAAACUCAGUCAACAUCAGAGAACUUGCUCAGGGGAACCAAAUAAUGAGUGUAGUGAAAGUGGGAGAGUCUUAAGUAAGCAAUCACACCUCACUCAAAGUCAGAGGGCUCACAAAGGGAAGAAAACCUAUGACUGUAAUAAAUGUGGGGACAGCUUCCCUAAGAAAACAGACCUUUCUCAACAUCAGAGUGUGUACACAGGAAAAAAGCCCUAUGAAUGUAGUGAAUGUGGGAAGUCCUUUUUUGUAAAGUCCAACCUCACUGAGCAUCAAAGAACUCACACAGGAGAAAAACCCUACAAAUGUCAUGAAUGUGGAAAAUUCUUCUGCCAGAAGUCAGCCCUCACCGUACAUCAGAGAACUCACACGGGAGAGAAACCCUAUAAAUGUAAUGAAUGUGGGAAAACCUUCUGUGUGAAGUCAAACCUUACUCAACAUCAAAGGACCCACACAGGAGAGAUACCCUAUAAAUGUAAUGAAUGCUGGAAGUCUUUCUGCGUGAAAUCUAACCUCAUUGUACAUCAGAGAACUCAUACAGGAGAGAAACCCUACAGAUGUCCCGAAUGUGGGAAAACCUUCUAUGAAAAGUCAGCCCUCACAAAACAUCAGAGAAUUCACACAGGGGAAAAACCCUAUGAAUGUAAUGAAUGUAGAAAAACCUUCAGCCAGAGGUCAGCUCUCACCAAACAUCAAAGAAAAAAAACAUAAGAAGAAAACUCCCACCAGUACUCUCCAUGUGCAGAAGCCAUCCUCUGCAGUUCAUAGCCGUUGAACAUCAGGAAAAUCACAGGACAGAACCGCUUAGAUGUCAACACAUGUAGGAAGGUCUUUAUCAAUAGGUUAGAGCU